AUGGAUUCCCUCAUGUCACUGGGUGCUCCCCUGAAGCAGUUCACCAGCUGUGUGUCGGGGAAAAGCGCCUCCAACAACAGAGGGGCCAAUAGGAGCCAAUCUGUCCGCAGAAGCAGCUUCGCCCGCAGGAAGAGCAUCAGUAGGAGGAGAAGCCUUCCCUGCAGCAGCCAGAAAGUCCCUGACUCCUGGCUCAGAGUGUACCAGGCUGAACUGAAGAGAGAAAGGAAACGACAGCAAGCCAUACUGGCCAAGAAGAGCACUGAGAGGACGGUCAGAAAAACUCACUUCAGGAGCCACCACUGUCUCCCACGGCAGACCACCACAGCUAGGAAACCGGCCCCAGCAAAGGAUGAUUCCUUCUUCGGAGCCUUCCAGGGCCUCAGUCUGGACGGACUGAUGGGAAGCACAACUGGAUCUCCUGCUGCUCCUGCCGCGGGUGGAGGAGAUCAAUGUAAAGUCAUGUGAGACACAAUACUUUGGGACAAUCCAGACUGUUAAAAUGUUCCUCAUGCUCAAGAGACUUAAAAGAAAAAGGGCUCAUGGAAGAGAGGUGAUUUGGGUUGAAAACGAAGGUGAACUUGUUUGGAUUAUUGUCUUUAUUGUAUUUAGAAACUGUAUCACUUAGGAAAGACAAUAUUGCUUGUUCUUGAUUCCUUGCUGUACAGUGUCUCAAUCUUUGUCUGUUCUAUGACUCCGCUGAGCCUGAAGGCAAUCAUUAAUAUGACUCCAGCUGAAAAACUUCUCAGUACCUCUAAUGACCUGCAAAAGCAAACGUAAUAAAUGACUUGUAUCUGAGUUUGAACCUCAUGACUUCUUUUCUUAAUGUAGAGAAGUUAUCUGUUAACUGACCAGAAUGCAAGGUUGAUGACUGACCCAUAUGGCAUCCAAUCAUUUUUUUACGCAUGCCUGCCAGAUAGCAUCACUCCUCA